UUUCCCUUCCAGCCCUCCACUUCUUCGGAUCAAUGGAUGUUACAGCUCUAACUCCCAUCUCACAUACUGCUGGUGGACAGCUCCAGUAACAAGUGAGAGCUUUACAUCCCCCUUUUCAUUCCCCUUCUUUUUUCCCCCACACCAACAUCUGCCAAGACGGAAGAAAACCACAAGCUUUCCCUUUUGUAUUCUUCUGAUUUUUUUUUAUUUUUUAUAAAUACAUAUAUAUUUUGUACUUUGCCCAGCUGUGGAAAUGGAGCAACCCCCAAUCUUUUGAUGCACCCUGCUUUGCUUUUUUGCAGUAUUUUUCCAUGUAUGGUUUUCCAGCAGUGGGAGCACCGUUCCCCACCUUUCCCCCUUUUCCUUGAGUUAGUUUCCUAACAUAAUCUGGAGGCUUGGCGACUCUUGGACUGAAUAUAACUUUUUUCCCUCCACAUCCCCUAACUCCCCCUUUGCUGAGCCUUGUCAGUGGGGACUGGAGAAAAAAAAAAAACAGAAGAGGAGGAGGCAGAAGGGGCUGUGUGUGUGAUUGUUGCUGGUGCUCAGGACCCAAAUCUCUGUAGGUGUGUGUUGAAAUAUGGAGAAUAGUCUUGCAUGUGUUUGGGUACCAAAGCUGGCUUUUCUACUCUUCGGAUUUUCUCUGAUCAGCCUGAAUCUUCAAGUCACUGGUUCACAAGUUAAGGGUUUUACAUCAUUGCGGUUCCUGACUGAGCCUUCAGAUGCUGUCACCAUGCGCGGAAGUAAUGUGCUGCUGAAUUGCACAGUGGAGUCUGAUCAAGGAAUUCCUGUCAUCAAGUGGAAGAAAGAUGCAGUCUUCUUAAACCUGGCAGUGGAUGAAAGGAGACAGCAGAUGGCCAAUGGUUCCCUCUUGAUACAAAGUAUAGUCCAUUCCAGGCACCAUAAGCCAGAUGAGGGUCUCUACCAGUGUGAGGCCUCUUUAGAAGGCAUUGGGGCUAUCAUCAGUCGGACAGCUAAAGUCACUGUAGCAGGACCAUUGAGGUUUCUUUCCCAGACAGAAUCUGUCACAGCUUUUGCAGGAGACACAGUUUUGUUAAAGUGUGAAGUAGUUGGAGAGCCUAUGCCGAUGGUACACUGGCAAAAAAACCUGGAGGACCUGAUCCUGAGCCCCAGUGACACCCGAGUGGCUGUCUUGCCCUCUGGAGCUUUACAGAUUAGCAGAAUCCAAGCGGGAGACAGUGGGAUCUAUAGAUGCCUUGCAAAAAAUCCUGCGAGUUCCAGAACUGGAAAUGAAGCAGAAGUCAGAGUUUUGACAGAUCCAGGUUUGCACAGACAGCAAUUUUUCCUGCAGAGACCAUCAAAUGUGGUAGCCCUUGAGGGAAAAGAUGCCGUUCUUGAGUGCUGUGUUUCUGGGUUUCCCACACCCACCUUCACAUGGAUGCGAGGAGAUGAAAUUAUUCCUGUCAGAUCCAAAAAAUAUUCAUUAUUGGCUGGCAGUAACUUACUUAUUUUUAAUGUGACUGAUGACGAUUCUGGGACAUACACUUGCAUUGUCAGCUACAAGAAUGAGAACAGUAGUGCCUCUGCAGAGCUCACAGUUAUGGUUCCUCCAUGGUUUUUAAAUCACCCUUCAAACCUCUAUGCCUACGAAAGUAUGGACAUUGAGUUUGAAUGUGCUGUCUCUGGUAAGCCUGUCCCUACCGUGGAUUGGAUCAAGAAUGGAGAAGUGGUCAUUCCUAGUGAUUAUUUUCAGAUAGUGGGUGGCAGCAACUUGCGGAUUCUGGGCCUCGUAAAGUCAGAUGAAGGUUUUUACCAGUGUGUAGCUGAAAAUGAUGCUGGGAAUGCACAGACCAGUGCACAGCUAAUCAUCCCUGAGCUGGCUAUCCCAAGUUCCAGUGUCCUCCCCUCUGCUCCCCGAGAUGUGGUCCCUGUUUUGGUCUCCAGUCGAUUUGUCCGUCUCAGCUGGCGCCCACCUGCAGAAACUAAAGGGAAUAUCCUGGCAUACACUGUCUACUUCUCCAGGGAAAGCAUCAACAGGGAACGGGCACAGAACACAACACAGUCUGAGACACUUCAGCUUACAGUGGGAAAUCUGAAACCAGAGGAGACUUACACAUUCCGAGUGGUGGCAUACAAUGAAUGGGGACCAGGAGAGAGCUCGCAAUCCAUCAAGGUUGUCACGCAGCCUGAAUUGCAAGUUCCAGGGCCAGUAGAAAACCUGCGAGCUGUAUCUACCUCACCUACCUCAAUUCUUCUUUCCUGGGAACCCCCUGCCUAUGCAAAUGGUCCAGUCCAAGGUUACAGAUUGUUCUGCACAGAGACUGCUACUGGAAAAGAACAGAAUAUAGACGUUGAUGGACUAUCAUACAAACUGGAGGGGCUGAAAAAAUUCACGGAAUACACCUUACGAUUCUUGGCUUAUAACCGCUAUGGCCCUGGGGUAUCCACUGAAGAUCUUACCGUCAUGACGCUUUCUGAUGUACCAAGUGCAAUGCCUCAGAAUGUCUCCUUGGAAGUGGUUAAUUCAAGGAGCAUCAAAGUUAGUUGGCUACCUCCACCAUCAGGCACACAAAAUGGAUUUAUUACCGGCUAUAAAAUCCGACACAGAAAGACUACCCGCAGGGGUGAGAUAGAAACACUGGAGCCAAACAACCUCUGGUACUUGUUCACAGGACUUGAUAAAGGAAGUCAGUACAGUUUCCAGGUAGCUGCCAUGACAGUCAAUGGGACAGGACCCUCCUCCGAUUGGUAUACAGCAGAAACUCCAGAGAAUGAUCUUGAUGAAUCUCAGGUUCCUGAUCAGCCAAGCUCUCUUCAUGUCAGGCCAUUGACAACCAGUAUCGUCAUGAGUUGGACUCCACCACUGAAUCCAAACAUUGUUGUACGCGGAUACAUCAUUGGCUAUGGAGUGGGCAGCCCAUAUGCUGAGACAGUGCGAGUAGACAGCAAACAACGCUACUAUUCCAUCGAAAACUUGGAGCCAAGUUCCCAUUAUGUAAUUUCUUUAAAAGCCUUUAACAACGUGGGUGAAGGAGUCCCUCUCUAUGAAAGUGCCACCACUAGAUCGUUGACAGAUCCCAUUGAUCCAUUAGAAGUUGAUUUUUAUCCUUUGCUUGAUGAUUUCCCUACCUCAGUCCCAGAUAUCUCCACCCCCAUGCUCCCACCAGUAGGUGUCCAGGCUGUUGCACUUACCCAUGAUGCAGUGAGAGUCAGCUGGGCAGACAACUCUGUCCCAAAGAAUCAAAAGACUACUGAGGUUCGCUUUUACACUGUCCGUUGGAGAACCAGCUAUUCUACAAGUGCUAAAUACAAGUCAGCAGAUACAACAGCUUUGAGCCAUAGUGUAAUAGGCCUUAAGCCAAACACUAUGUAUGAAUUCUCUGUCAUGGUAACAAAAGGUCGAAGGUCAAGCACGUGGAGCAUGACUGCACAUGCCACAACAUAUGAAGCAGCACCAACCUCUGCACCCAAGGAUUUGACAGUCAUUACUCGGGAAGGGAAGCCUCGAGCUGUCAUUGUCAGCUGGCAGCCUCCAUUAGAAGCCAAUGGAAAAAUUACUGCUUAUAUUCUGUUCUACACCUUGGACAAGAAUGCUCCAAUUGAUGACUGGGUUAUGGAGUCAAUCAGUGGUGACCGACUUACUCAUCAAAUCAUGGACCUCAACCUAGAUACAGUGUAUUACUUUAGAAUCCAAGCUCGCAAUGCCAAAGGAGUGGGACCGCUCUCUGACCCUAUUCUCUUCCGGACUCUGAAAGUCGAGCACCCUGACAAAAUGGCUAAUGACCAAGAACCUCCCAUAGGGCAGAUGCACCCUCCACAUGGCAGCGUAACGCCUCAAAAGAACAGCAACCUUCUAGUAAUCAUUGUGGUCACCGUUGGGGUCAUUACAGUGGUGGUGGUGGUGAUCGUGGCUGUGAUCUGCACCAGGCGUUCUUCAGCGCAACAGAGGAAAAAGCGUGCUACCCAUAGCGCUGGGAAAAGGAAGGGCAGCCAGAAAGACUUGAGGCCCCCAGACCUCUGGAUACACCAUGAAGAGAUGGAGAUGAAGAAUAUUGAAAAGCCAUCAGGUUCUGACCCCUCAGGAAGAGACUCGCCGAUGCAGAGCUGUCAAGACAUCACGCCAGUCAGCCACAGCCAGUCUGAAACUCAGCUGGGCAGCAAGAGUGCCUCACAGUCUGGUCCUGACACAGAGGAUGUGGGAAGUAGUAUGUCCACGUUAGAGCGCUCGCUUGCUGCCCGCAGAGCCACACGUGCCAAGCUCAUGAUUCCGAUGGAUUCACAACCAAGCAACCCUCCUGUUGUCAGUGCCAUCCCAGUGCCAACACUAGAAAGUGCCCAGUACCCAGGAAUUCUGCCAUCUCCAACAUGUGGAUAUCCGCAUCCGCAGUUCACUCUCCGGCCCGUGCCAUUCCCAACACUCUCUGUUGACCGGACCUUUGGAACAGGAAGAACGGUGAGUGAAGGACCAGUCCCACAACAGCCAUCCAUGCUGCCACAGACACAGCCUGAACAUGCCAGCAAUGAGGACGCCCCGAGCAGAACGAUUCCCACAGCCUGUGUCCGACCUACGCACCCUCUCCGCAGCUUUGCCAACCCAUUGCUACCUCCACCAAUGAGUGCAAUAGAACCGAAAGUCCCUUAUACACCACUUUUGUCUCAAACAGGGCCUAAUCUUCCCAAGGCUCAAGUUAAAACAGCAUCACUUGGAUUAGCUGGAAAAGCACGAUCCCCUCUGCUUCCAGUCUCGGUGCCAACAGCCCCAGAAGUGUCAGAAGAGGGCCACAAACAGACAGAGGAUCCAGCUAACGUAUAUGAACAGGAUGAUCUGAGUGAACAAAUGGCCAGUUUGGAGGGGCUAAUGAAGCAACUUAAUGCUAUUACAGGCUCGGCCUUCUAACAGCUGUUGAUGAAUAGAUAAAUUGUAUUAUCCAGGAACAUUGCAGCAUACAAGUACUUCAUAUACACCACACACAUACACAACCCCAUAAAACCACCCUUUCUUCAGUACCAUUCAUUCAACGUAAGGAAGAUUCUUGAUGAGUCCUAAAAAAUAAAUAACUAAAAAUACGCUACAUUACUGUAGAUCAAGCAUCUAAAGCAAUGAAAGUGUGGCCCUUGCAAAUAAGUGAAACAACGACAGCAAAGCCCGAGGUGAUGCCACUUGAUUGCUCAUUUUGAUCUGCUUGCCUUUGUAAUACUUGAGGUGUCACGACUAUCUCACAUUUUACUUAAUAGAGGUGUGUAGUUCUUGGUGAAAAUCUAGUUUUACGUCAUUCAAAUGUAUUUUUAAACAUAUACCAUGCCAUAAUUUGUCAGUGUGGAAGUUCACUCUUCGUGUUUUUUGUUUUUAUUUUUUAUAUACUUUUUUGAUACGAAAGCACCCGUAACAAAUAAUCACGACAUAGCACCAAAGGAUUGGAAGUGUUACCAACAGCACAAAACAAGACAAAUAACUCCCAUUUCUUUUGUAAUUUCAAUCACUCAUCCUGCGCAAGCAGUGUGCAUUAGCGAGUUGCUGUAAAGUCCACCCAUUUUUGCAAGUAUUUGGAAAUCCUCCCAUAGGUAACAUUUUAUAUCUGGGAACAUAAAAAAAAUCUGCAUUGGUGGCAUGCUGCCAGCUGCGGUAUACUUACAAAAAGAGGGUAUGAUAUGCAAUCUUCUCUGACACACAGUAAUGAUGUGCUUAAGCUUGGACUAGAACACUUCUAAAUAUGGGUGGCCUUUGUGCCAUACUGCACUGGGAUGACAUUUGAAAGCUCCUCCAAGACCACCUUUCACAGCAGCAAGAGGAAAAUGGGUAAAGUUCCUCCCACCCUUUCUCUACUGCUCCACCUCUUGUUUGAGACUCCUCAGUUCCAUGAACUCUGUGAUUCAGUCACCAAUGACUUCUCCUUAACUCAGUGGAGGCUGCGGAAAUUGGAAAGCAACCCUAGGUCAGGCACAGUGGAAGAUAAGACGUAUCGGUUAGCAGUGAUGGACACAGCACAGUUUUUACAGACAAGCAACAGAUUCAAGAAAAUGAACUAAGAAGCUGGUGCAUAAUUGGGAAACAAAUUACAGGUGCUUGAUGGCAGUAGGAUAGUCCUUGUUCAGUCAUAGUUAAAAAACAGCCAACCAACCAACCAACCAACCAACCACAAUUUAGCAUCAGGACACUGAUGUGAACUUAGAGGAACCUUUUCAGUGUUCUCCCCCCUCUUCUAGUAGUCUAGCUUCAUAUUACAGUGUUUAUUGAUAACUAUAACUGUUUGAAUUGACUAAAUUUUGUGAGCAUACUUUUUAUUGCUGAAUUUUCAGCUGCAUUCAGAGUUAAUCCCUGUUUAUGCAGCUGAAUCACCAAAAGGGAACUAAUUUGCAUAUUUAUCAGUUAGGCGGCUGCAAAACCCAAUAAGAGAGUUUCAGAUGAAUUACUCCAUUCAGUUCUGCCUUUGAUUUCAAGCUUGAGUAGGUCAUAAUUUUAAAAGAGCACGGAAGGGCUGGGAUCUUUACAACCUAAUAGUUCCUUUUAUUAGGUGGGUAAUUAUAUGUGAAUCCCUGAAUAAAAUAUUUUGAGUAAAAUGGCACUGUAACAGAAGUAAUAAUUCAGAUUAUUUUCUACAGUCAUGUAUUGGGGAGGAAAUCAGAUGCAAAGGAUGGAAUUCAAAUGCUUCAUUAGGAACUCUAGUGUGUUUAUGAAAAUGUUUCUUACCAAAAUGUAUUUUUAUUCAAUUGACUAAGAUUUCAGUCAGAUAUUUCCUAAGAGUUAAGGAAGUCAUAUCUGUGUGAGAGGUUGAGUUUUUAUGUUCUGUCAGAUUUGUAACUAAGAACUUCCACUGAAAACAAAGCAAGCAAAUCUGUCAUGAUGACAACCAAAUUCAUAUUCCUGGUAUUGGAUCCCAUGAUGUCCCAGCCUACUAUCUUGUUUCUGCAAGGCAGGUUCGAAUACAGCUUUCUGAAAAAGAGCCUCUUCCCUGCUAGCAGAGAUUGUCAGUUAUUUUGAAAUAGGUCCAUAGGACCAAAUUUUUCACUCUCUUAUCCUGGAGUAAGGCUGAGGUACUCUGGAAAACAGGAUCUGACUCAUAGGACUUUAACGAGGGGCUUUUAAUCAUAGAACAUUAACCCCAAACUGAAUAUAUUCAUGGUACAAAAUUAUCUAAAAUAUGUGAUGGAUAAACCUCAAAAAUUUUGACAACUGGAUUUUGUUUGGAUAAGCAACCAAAUAUUCAGAUGCUUAUUUGAACAUUGGUUAUUGUGUUGGCUGUUCUGUGGCAUAGAUUAUUAUAUCCAUUUUGUGAAUGCAACUCCCACUGAUUUAAAUGUUAGACCCUUGUAUGUCUGCAAAAUUGGUCUGGAUUUCUCUUGAGAACAGCCUUUCUUGUGAAUUCUAAAGCAUUUCCAUCUCUAUACUCAGCCAGAAACUGGAAAUGAAAAAAGAAAUGCAAAAUUUCAGAACCUGAAGAAGAUCCAGAACAAGUUUGGUUUUAGAUAUCUGUGAGUCUUCAGGAAGAGGAGAUUCUUAAAUUUUACAUAGUAAUUCAGUCAUCCCUAGUUUGCAGGCAUUUGCAGCCGUAGCUGUGUCCUAAUAUAGAUGUCAGUCCUUCAAACACUUGUGUUUAACUUUAUAGAAGUGAGUUGUGUCAUCUAAGUCAAUACAGCUUUUCAGGACUGCGGACAAAAUCUAAGCUAAAAUAAAUUCCUGUGUUCUCUAUUCUGUAAAUAAACUAUGGGAAAGAACAGUUCAGUGUGCCCUUGUUGCCAAGAAGGCUAACGGCAUUUUGGGCUGUAUAAGUAGGGGCAUUGCCAGCAG